ACACUGCUGCACUAUUAGGACAUAAACAUGGCGUUGUCCGUCAUCGUUCUGGUUUAGAGAGAAACAAAUCGUUCCUGUAUUUUAGUACUAAACUUUUUACUUUAAAUCGACAAAAAAAUAGAACAACAUGGGAAAUGCUGACACAAAGUUAAAUUUUCGAAAAGCAGUUGUACAAUUAACAUCAAAGACACAGGUGAUUGAUGCUUCAGAUGACAAUUUCUGGGACCAAUUUUGGUCCGAAAACGUGACUAAUGUACAAGAUAUUUUUACUUUAAUCCCUGCACCUGAAAUUCGAAUACUAAGAGAAGAAGCUCCUUCUAAUUUAGCCACAUUGUGUUACAAAGCAGUGGAAAAAUUAGUAAAAGCAGUUGAUAAUAGUUGUAGAACCCAGAGAGAACAACAAACUGUUUUAAACUGUUGUCGCUUGUUAACAAGAUUAUUACCAUAUAUUUUUGAGGAUCCUGAUUGGAAGGGAUUCUUUUGGUCCAGUUUACCUGGUAAAGAAGAUGAAGAGAGUAUACCAUUGGCUCAUUCAUUACUCAAUGCUCUUUGUGAUUUAUUAUUUUGUCCUGACUUUACAGUAGCUGCAAAUAGAAAAUCUGGCCCUGAUAAAGCAGAAGAACUGCAAUCUAUAGAUAGUUGUGAAUAUAUCUGGGAAGCUGGUGUAGGAUUUGCACAUUCACCUCCUAGAUAUCCAAUUUUAGAUUCGAACAGAACAGAAUUAUUAAAGUUAUUACUCACUUGCUUCAGUGAAACCAUGUAUAAUCCUCCCUUGGAUUUGUCAGUGACUCCAAACAGGUGGAUUCAACAUUUAACUAGUUCUGAAAAUAGACAUGCUUUACCUAUGUUCACAUCAUUGUUGAAUACAGUAUGUGCAUAUGAUCCUGUUGGACUUGGAGUGCCAUACAAUCAUUUGUUAUUUACUGAUUCGUUAGAACCAUUAGUUGAUGUUGCAUUACAAAUCCUUAUAGUAACACUAGAUCAUGAUACUAGUGGUGGUACUCCAUUAGAAGAAGGAAGUAUUGGAGAUAAUUUAUUCAUUAAUUAUCUGAGUCGAAUUCACCGAGAUGAAGAUUUUCAGUUUGUAUUAAAAGGUAUUACAAGAUUAUUAAAUAAUCCAUUAAUGCAGACGUAUUUGCCAAAUUCAACUAAGAAAGUACAUUUCCACCAAGAAUUAUUGGUAUUUUUUUGGAAAAUGUGUGACUAUAAUAAGAAAUUUUUAUACUAUGUACUAAAAAGUUCAGAUGUUCUUGAAGUACUAGUACCUAUAUUGUAUCAUUUAAAUGAUUCACGUGCAGAUCAAUCUCGUGUUGGAUUAAUGCAUAUAGGUGUAUUUAUUUUACUACUAUUGAGUGGAGAACGUAAUUUCGGUGUUAGAUUAAAUAAACCAUAUACAGCUACUGUACCUAUGGAUAUUCCCGUUUUUACAGGUACACAUGCUGAUUUGUUGGUCACUGUAUUUCACAAGAUAAUCACAACCGGACACCAAAGAUUACAGCCAUUAUUUGAUUGUUUACUAACAAUUCUAGUCAAUGUGUCUCCAUACCUUAAAACUCUAUCAAUGGUGGCUAGUACUAAGCUAUUACAUUUACUUGAAGCAUUUAGCACUCCAUGGUUUUUAUUUUCAGCACCUACCAAUCAUCAUUUGGUAUUUUUUCUUUUGGAAAUCUUUAACAAUAUCAUUCAGUAUCAAUUUGAUGGAAAUAGUAACUUGGUUUAUACUAUAAUACGUAAAAGGCAAGUGUUUCAUGCAUUAGCAAAUUUACCAAGUGACUGUAAUACAAUCGCAAAAUCUCUCAGUAAAAGACAACGACGACAUGUACCCGCUAGUACAUCUAAUGAAAAUGUCAAUGAAGCAGCAAUGGAAGGUUCACAUCCUGCGCAACCUGCAGAACCUGGAACAUUGAAAGCAACCUUAUUAGAAACACCAGGUAUUGAAAAAAUGACUGAGAAAGAGUCUGCACAUCCAUUAAGUCCUUCAGUAAAUAUUGAUGUAGGAAAACCUAAUCAUCAAAAUAAUGUGAAUGCUGCAGAGGAUUUAAUGAAUUCUACUUCUAAAAGUUCUGUUAUACCGAAAGGAGGUAUCAGAGUGGCAGAACAUAUGAAUUCUUCUAAUAAUAUAAAUCAGUGGGUUCCUUCUAGCGAAUGGGUAUAUCAAUGGAAAAGUAAACUUCCAUUACAAACUAUUAUGCGAUUGCUUCAAGUUCUUGUACCUCAAGUUGAGAAGAUAUGCAUUGAUAAGGGACUUACUGAUGAAAGCGAAAUUUUGAAAUUUUUGCAACAUGGUACAUUAGUUGGCUUAUUACCAGUACCACAUCCUAUUCUUAUUAGAAGAUAUCAAGCAAACGCAGGAACAACUGCUUGGUUUAGAACAUAUAUGUGGGGCGUUAUAUAUUUAAGGAAUGUCGAACCACCGAUUUGGUAUGAUACUGAUGUAAAGUUAUUUGAAAUCCAAAGAGUUUAAACACGAUGCAUAUUAUUAAGUAAAUUAUUAUUAGCUUUAGCACUGAAAUUUCUAUAUCAUUCUUACAUGAGGUAUCAUUCCUUAAUAUAAAAGAAGAAAUCUCAGUGAUCUAUACUUAUUAUAAAUUGCACCAAGUGAUAAAGAACUUUACGACUUUAUUAAAUAACGAAUGACAUUUUUACAAGUGUAGUCUUUCGUACAAUUCUAUUACACAGAGUUACAGAACUGAUUUUACAAAUAUUGAUUGUGAGAAACUAUGAUGGUAUUAUAAUUCUCAACUUUCACCGAUAAAUAUGUAAAUAUUUGCGACUGUGUAAGUGCCUUCACAGAUGUAAAUGACAAAUUAUUACACCAAAAUGACAUCUGUUUAAUUAGUAACGUAGUUUCUUAUUUUUUUUAACUAUUUUUAGUCUAAACUAUUUUAUUUCAUUAACUUGAUAUUUUUAGUAAAAAAGCACUAUACAAUUGCUUGUUUGACAUCACUAAAGAUAAUGUAAUAAUGUAUUUAUUAAGAGUAAAUGAAAUUAUUCUAAAUAAUGUAAAAUAUUGGUUUUGUAUGUCUGUGUAGUAGUCACGAAAUUUUUGAAAGACAACUUGAUAAUUCACGCUUUGUAAUGCAUAAUAUGUUAUUUGAAGUUAACAAAUCUUAUCCCAUCUGGUAUAUUUUUAUUUUGUGAUGGUACAAAACCAAGUAUAUCAUAUAUUUUGCAUGUAAAAACAAAUGAAUUUAUUUUUACAUUGUAAAUGCAUUAAUAAUCUCAAUUUCUUAGCUUUAGAGCAUUUCAAAAUAAGAUAAUAAGUUCCUUUUUACUUAUAUUUCUCUCAUAUUUUAAAUUAUGUUUCAAAUUAUAAAAAUUCUCUAAUCUUAUAAUAUAAAAUAUAUUUAUUUGUUAAAUUUUAGAAAUGAAAUAGAAUUUUUAUAAUAAGACAUUUUUUAUAUUUACAUUAAAGUAGUUGAUUAAAAAAUUAAUAUGAUUUUAUUUAGUAAAUGCGUAUAUAGUAUGUAUAUACAUAUAUAUAUAUAUAUAUUAAGUAUUAUAUAUUGUUAUUUAUAUAUGUUUAUAUAUAUAUAAUUUUAUCUUUUACUUCAACUUGAAGUAUUGAACAUAAUGAUUUAUUAAUGAUAUCAUUUUUCUUGAAAAUAUUUUGCUUUGAUUAUAUAUAAAGAAGCCAGAAAGAUAGUAUAAAGGUGACAUUUGAAAUUUAAAAUUUAGAGGCUUUUUUAUGCUUUUUAUAUUUCUACUCAUGUACAUCAUUUAUGUAUUGGUGCAAUUACAUGGUUGUACUUUAAGAUUAAAUUAUAUUUAUUUUAAUGUGUAAUAAAAUGAUAUAAUAAAAUAUUUAGCCAUA